GAACCUUUGACUUGCAGAGACUGAAGAGGAAAUCAGAUUAUCAAAGAGGCUCAUUGACAGACUAUCAAAGACACCAUUGGAGAAACAGGUCUAGGAGGACGCCAGAGCAGUCUGGCCCUACAGGAGUACCAUGAGGACAUUGUUUCUCACUCUGCUGGGGCUCCGACUUGUCUCUGGGACAGGGCACUGGUGUGAGAGCAAAAUACAGGAGCGGGAAGAGAAGAUUGUGUCACCCCGUCUCCAAAAGGAGGUGGACUGUUCCAGAGUGUAUCAAUACAACUUGCAGGGGUGGAGGCUGGAUAUCGACCGAAUGCGAAAAGAUCAUGGGGGAGAUGAAGGCAUUGCACAGUAUUACCAGCAGAAUGGCCCUAAUGCCUCAUGCUACCUGUACAAGCCAGCUCAGAUUGAGACUCGACUCGUGAACCGGACAGUGUGGGCUUGCUGUGAGGGCUGGGGGGGACCACAGUGCACACAGGGCAUAGGUGUGAGGGGCCAGUGUUAUUCCACCUGGAGCUGCCAGGAGUUUCCAGGUGUCCACAAUUCCUCCCUGAUGCCGUUUGAGCAGUGUUGUACCAGCCUGUGGGGCCACAGCUGGAGAAACAAUUCAGACCUCAGCUGCCUGUCCUGCUCCUACAACCUCCUGUCUGACUCUCUGUCACCCUUGCUGCUCCCUAGGGCAGUACUUGGGAGUGUGCGGGACCCCCAGGGCUCCUCAACCUGCCUGACCUGGGGUGGGGCGCAUUACCGUACCUUCGACCGCCGGCACUAUCACUUCCAGGGCAGCUGCACCUAUAUUCUGUCCUCAUCAGUUGAUGGCACAUGGGCUGUGUACAUCUCCACUGUGUGUGAGAGCCAGGGCCACUGUAGCAAGGCUUUGAGGAUGAUGUUUGGUCUGGAGCUGCUCACUGCCCAGGAGAAAAACCUGUCACUCAAUGGGAUGCCCCUUCCCCAGGGCCAACCUCUCUUCCAGAAUGGGGUCAGUGUGCGAUGGCUGGGCGACUUUGUCUUUGUGGAAAGCGGUCUGGGUGUGCGGGUGAAGUGGGAUGGAGACAGCACUGUUUACCUUACCGUCACAGCAGAGCACCGCUCCUCCACCAGGGGGCUAUGUGGAGUGUACAACAACAACCCUGAUGAUGACUUCACAACUGUUGGAGGGAGCAUGUCUCAGUUUGCUGCCAGUUUUGGAAACUCCUGGCGUGUCCCAGACCUGCAGACUGAGGGCUGCAGUGAUGCAGCAGAGCUUGGACACAGCUGUGAUGUCACUGGGGACACAGAACUACGGCGAGUGGCAGAGUCUUUGUGCCACAGGCUGCUGGAGCAUCCUUUCAGUCAGUGUCACAGCAGGGUGGACCCUGCUGCCUAUGUAGACACCUGUCUCUACCUGUAUUGUAGCCAGGGCCAACACGAGCGGGAACAAGUCACAUGUGAUACCCUGGCAAGCUAUGCACGCGAAUGUGCCCAGCAGCAUGUUCUCAUCACCUGGCGGAGUGCAGAACUGUGUGAGCGAGUGUGUUCCCGGGGCCAGGUUUACUCAGACUGUGUGUCCUCCUGCCCCCCCAGUUGCACAUCUCAGCACCCUCCUGAGGCGGGGCAGUGCCGAGAUGAAUGUGUUGGGGGGUGUGAGUGCCCCCCCGGGCUGUUCCUCGAACAAGGCAGCUGUGUAAGGAAGGAGGAGUGUCCCUGCUACCACCGUCGCCACAAAUACCAACCUGGAGACACCAUCCGGCAGAGAUGUAACACAUGUGUGUGCCAGGCAGGCCAGUGGCAGUGCUCAGGUGAGCGGUGCCCAGCCCAGUGCACUCUGCUGGGAGAGCUGCAUAUCACCACCUUUGAUGGCAAAAGAUACACCUUGCAAGGAGGCUGCGCAUACACCCUGGUGGAGGACUUUGUUGACAGCAAGCUGGUGGUAACAAUGGAGAGCGGGGAGUGUGCAAGGGGAGGAGCCCAGAUUUGUCUGAAGGAGAUUACUGUCAGUGCUCACAGGACCACUGUCACAGUCACUGAUACAGGUGAGGUGAUGGUAAAUGGCCAGCGGGAGACCCUGCCUGCAGUGACAGGGGAUUUAUCAGUGAUUCGAGCCUCUUCCUCCUUCCUGCUGAUCCAGUCAUUUGGAGCUCAUCUACUUUGGAGCCUGGAGGGGCCCUUGGCCCUCAUAACACUGCAGCCCGGUUUUGCACAUAAGGUUCGAGGACUAUGCGGGACCUUCACGUGGAGCCAGCAGGAUGACUUCACCACUCCCGAGGGGGAUGUGGAGACCAGUGCCGCCGCCUUCGCUGCCAAGUUCAGCACUGGUCUGCACUGCCCCCCAAGCCGUGGUCAUCCCCUCGAUCCCUGCAGUACCUACACGCAGAGGCGCCAGCACGCAGAGGAAGUGUGUGCUGUCGUUCACAGCUCUGUGUUCCAGCCAUGUCACGACCUAGUGGAUCGCGAGCCCUAUCACCGACUCUGUCUGUAUGAAGUGUGUGGCUGCACCCCUCCUAGGCAGUGCCAAUGCACUGUCCUUACUGCCUACGCUCGCCACUGUGCCCAGGAGGGGGCACCGGUGAACUGGAGGAACCAGACCUACUGCCCGAUGCAGUGCAGUGGAGGCCAGGUAUAUCAGGAGUGUGGUCGGCCAUGUCAGGGCUCAUGUGCUGACUUGCGUCUCACCCAGGGGUGCCCAGCAGAGGAGAGCUGUGUGCCUGGGUGUAACUGCUCCCCUGGCCUGGCAGAGGACGAAGCAGGGCAGUGUGUGCCAACAACCAUGUGUCCUUGUGUAGAAGGAGACUUGGUAUACCAGCCAGGCAGUACCAUCCAAAAAAGAUGCAACACCUGUGUGUGCCAGAGUGGAGUGUGGAACUGCACCACGCUCAGCUGUCUAGAUGUGGUGGAAUGUCCCGGGAGCCUGGUGUUCUCUCCUCACUCUUGUUUGCGUACCUGUGCCAGUCUGGACGUGCCCGGGCCCUGCACAGAGCCCCUGCAUGGCUGUGUCUGUCCAGAGGGAACUGUGUUCCUGGAUGAUCAAUGUGUCUCCCCAGCUGAGUGUCCCUGUCAUCACAAUGGCAGACUAUUCUACACCAAUGACACCAUUACCAAGGACUGCAACACCUGUGUGUGUUCUCAGCGCCACUGGCACUGUGGGCGGUCCUUGUGCGCAGGGGUGUGCAUUGCAACUGGCGACCCUCACUACGUGUCAUUUGAUGGGCGCGCCUUUUCCUUCUUGGGCGACUGUGAGUAUGUCCUGGUGCAGGAUAAUCAGGGGCUCUUCAUCCUCACAGCUGAAAAUGUACCCUGCGGCACCACAGGGGUCACCUGCACCAAAGCUGUCACCCUGACGUUGGGGAACACUGUCAUACACUUGCUGAGAGGCCAGUCGGUGACAGUCAAUGGCUUACCAGUCUCAUUGCCUAAGAGCUACAGUGGGAAUGGGCUGAGGCUGGAGCAUGCUGGGCUGUUUAUAUCCCUGUCCUCCUCACUGGGUCUCACUGUGCUGUGGGAUGGAGGUAUGCGAGUUUAUGUCCGGUUGGCUCCAGAAUUUCGUGGACAAGUUGCAGGGCUGUGUGGUAAUUUUGACGGUGAUGCAGAAAACGACUUUGCCACGCGACAGGGCAUCAUUGAGUCCACCCCAGAGCUGUUCGGGAACUCUUGGAGAGUCAGCCCAUCUUGCCCUGAAGUCACAAGUCACAAUAUCCAUGAGCCCUGCAUUGAACACCCACAUCGGGCAACAUGGUCAAGGAAGCGCUGUGCCAUCAUCACCCAAGAGCUGUUCUCACCUUGCCAUGCUGAAGUGCCAUGUCAGCAGUUCUAUGACUGGUGUGUCUUUGAUGCUUGUGGUUGCGAUUCUGGUGGGGACUGUGAGUGCCUGUGUACAGCCAUAGCAGCCUAUGCAGAGGAGUGUAACCGGAGAGGCAUCUACAUCCGCUGGAGAUCACAGGAGCUCUGCCCUAUGCAGUGUGAUAAUGGCCUGGUGUACGAGGCCUGUGGGCCAGCUUGCACCCCAACCUGUGGCAGUCUGGGACAAAGCCCUGACCCACACUGCAGUGCCCUCUCUUGUCUGGAAGGCUGUUUCUGCCCACACGGCACUGUCUGGCAUGAUGGCAGCUGUAUUUCCUCCUUGGAGUGCCCAUGUGAGUGGCAGGAGUCUUUGUAUCCCCCAGGUGCUACUAUUAUCAAGGACUGCCAGAACUGCUUAUGUUCGGCAGGAAUCUGGCACUGUGAAGGGCAGCCCUGCAUCCCACGCCCCACCUGCCUAGAGUCGGAAUUCGAAUGUGGGACGGGACGGUGUAUCCCUGCGCCCUGGUUGUGCGACAAUGAGGAUGACUGCGGCGAUGGCUCCGAUGAGUUCUGUGCCACCACUUGUGCCCCAGGGGAGUUCCUCUGCACCAACGGACAUUGCCUUGAAGGAUCCUUGCGCUGUGAUGGGAAUCCUGACUGCCCUGACCAGUCAGAUGAGGAGUUUUGUCCACCCAUUCACCCUGUGUGUCCACUUGGACAGUUCUCAUGUGCCAAUGGACGCUGUCUCCACCCAGAGCGUGUGUGUGAUGGCCAUCUGGACUGUGGCUUCGCUGACAACUCUGAUGAAGCAGAGUGUGGCCUGCUUUGUGGUAACGGGGAGUUCCAGUGUUCAGGGGGUCGGUGUGUGCCAUACACUCACCGCUGUGAUGGACACGAUGACUGUGGGGACCAAAGUGAUGAGCGUGGGUGUGUUUGCACACUGGAAGAGCUGCAGUGCCCAGGGGGACAAUGUGUCAGCCCAGACAGAGUCUGUGAUGGACAUGAAGACUGCCCCUCUGGCACUGAUGAGGCCAUAUGCCCAUCUGCAGUGACCUGUGGCCCUGGACAGUUUCUGUGUGGAGAUGGAACUUGCAUUGGAAGAGAAAAACUUUGUGAUGGGCUGGCAGACUGCCAGGAUGGGACAGAUGAGAAAGAUUCUCAUUGUCAGGAUGUUACUGUAGAGACUGUUACACCACGUCCAUGGCCAGCUGUGACCUCCAUGUCCCCUGUCUCUGUCCCUGGUGGGUGUGGGAGGUAUGAAUUUGGCUGUGCCAAUGGUGAGUGCACUCCUCUGGGCUGGCGCUGCGAUGGGGAGUCAGACUGUGCGGAUGGCAGUGAUGAAAUGGGCUGCCACCAGGUCUGUGGGCGGAGCCAGUUCCGGUGUCAGAACAGUGGAGAGUGUGUGGACCACGAACACCUCUGCGAUGGCACUCCGCAUUGCCGUGACAGCUCUGACGAGAGCUUGGAUAAUUGUGGAUCCACCCAGAUCCCCCCCUGUCCAGGGAGCUUCCUAUGUGAUAACCGGGUAUGUGUGAAUUCGUCCCGUGUGUGCAACGGCGUGCCUGACUGCCCAGGGGGUGAGGACGAGCUAACAUGUGAGACGGGUACUAUGACGACGAUCCCCCCAUGGUCCAGAAAUACUUCAACCAUCCUCUGCCCAGAAUACACCUGUCCAGAUGGCUCCUGCCUCACCUUCAAACAGGUGUGUAAUGGCAUUACUGAGUGUCCCAGUAUUGCUCUGGGACAAGCCAGAGGCUCCUCAGAUGAGCAGGACUGUGGUACAUGGGGGGCCUGGGAGCCUUGGAGCCCCUGCAGCCACACCUGUGGAACAGGAACCCAGAGGAGGAGGAGACACUGCCACCUGCAGGACUCCCUGAGAUACUGCAGGGGAGAGGACACCCAGAGACAGCAGUGCUUCUCUACUGCCUGCCCCGUGGAUGGACGGUGGUUGCCAUGGACGACCUGGUCGAAUUGUUCUGGGGACUGCACUGGUAUGGUAGUCCGGCAGCGGGGCUGUGUUCCUCCACAGAACGGGGGUGAAACCUGUGCUGACCUUCCAGAACAACCUGCCAUUGCCAUGGAAAUAAAGCCCUGUCCCCAGGAGGGCUGUCCUAAUGUCUCCUCCUGCCCAGGAGACCUCACUUUGCGAAGCUGUGCCCCCUGCCCUCUGACCUGCGCUGACCUGGCCAGUAAGGAUUCCUGCAAGUCUCUGACCAACUGCUUCUCUGGGUGCUGGUGUGCAGAAGGCCUGGUGAUGGACAGUGAUCAGCAUUGUGUGAGGCCAGAGGAGUGUCCAUGUGAGGUCCGGGGUGUGUGGUACUGGCCGGGGCAGCUGAUGAAGAUAGACUGUCAGAUCUGCUCCUGCGAAGGAGGACGUCCCCAGCAUUGCCGGCAAAAUCCAGAGUGCUCAGUGAACUGUGGCUGGUCAUCCUGGUCACCCUGGGGGGAGUGUCUGGGCCCCUGUGGAGUGCAGAGUGUCCAGUGGUCAUUCAGAAGCCCAAACAAUCCCAGCAAACAUGGCAAUGGCCGACAAUGUAGGGGUAUCUACCGCAAGGCCCGUCGCUGUCAGACAAAUCCCUGUGAGGAGUGUGAAUUCCAUGGGCAAUCCUAUGUCAUCGGCGAGCAUUGGAAGAUUGGAAUGUGCCAGCUGUGCCAAUGUCUACCCAACCUGACAGUACACUGUGGUCCCUACUGUCCCCUCACUGCUGGCUGCCCACAGGGGCAGGUUUUAGUGCCGGGUGAGGGAGAGAAAUGUUGCCACUGUACUGGAUCAGGUGUAAAUGGCACAGUCUCCACAUUGACACCCCUGGUGACUCCAGUGAUACCAAGCCUCAAUACUGUGACCACCAGUUCCACGGAGAGCCCUGCUCCCCACAUCCCCACCUACCCACUACCUCCUGGAGAGGAGUGCCGUGGUCCUCUCGAUGUCAGGUCACUGCCAGACUCCAGUUUCAGUGCCUCUUCUGAGCAACUAGGUCACCCUCCCUCAGAAGGACGGCUGAAUUCACAGGAUUCCCGCCGUGAUCUGCAGGGUUGGAGCCCUGAGCCAGACCAGUACAGGGCACUGACCACUUGGACACCUGAUGACCAUGCUGACCUUGGUGACCUCAUUGACCUCACAGCACAGCCUCCAUACCUACAGCUCGACCUACUUCAGCCCCGUAACAUCACUGGAAUUAUAACACAAGGAGGGGGUGCCUUUGACACCUUUGUGUCUAGUUUUUACCUGCAGUUCAGCAAUGAUGGGCAACAUUGGUACACCUACCAGGAGCUGCUAACUGAUGCACGCCCAAGGGCUAAGGUGUUUCUUGGGAAUUCAGAUGAUUCAAGCACAGCCGUGACCCGCCUGCAGAGAAUGGUGUUGUCGCGGUUUGUCCGCAUCCUGCCGCAUGACUUCCACAAUGCCAUUUACCUUCGUCUAGAAUUGCUGGGCUGUGGGGAAGCUGCUCACAGGAUGUCCACCCCUCUACCCCCUGCCCCAUCAGUCUCAGUAUUUAAGCUGUGUGAAGAGGGACAAUUUCACUGCAGAAAUGGGCGCUGUGUGCCAGCAGGGCCCAAUGGGAGUGUGUGUAAUGGGGUCAAUGACUGUGGAGACGCUUCCGAUGAGCUGCACUGUGGCUCCUCUCCCUCCCCACUGUCCCCUGGCCCUCGAGGAUGCCUGACGUCUCAGUUCUCCUGCCCUCCCUCAGGCCCCUGCAUCAGGGUCUCACAGCGCUGUGAUGGCAGAAUGGACUGUCCGGAUGGUGCAGAUGAGAGGGGCUGCACCCCCUCUUUAGACACCAGCACACCAGGCACAGGCGGACACAGGCCUUCGGAAGACACUAGGAAUGCUACAGUGGCACCACCCCCUCACCCUUCAGAAUCAAGGACACAUGCCAUGGCUGCUGUCACCUUCUCACAAACUGAUGGGCAUCCUGGCCUUCCUACAACACCUAAGCCUAUAGGUGCAGGCGGAAGCCCUCAGCCAUCAGUCCCCUGCGACUUGCCCCUGGGUCUCGAGGAUGGGCGUAUCCGAUACGGCCAGUUGAGCGCCUCAUCGCACCAUGAGAACAACCCCGCUGAUGCAGGCCGCCUCAACAUCGUUCCCAAUGUCCUCAACAUGGAGCCAGGGUGGAGCCCCCUGCAGGGUGACUCGAGCCCUUACUUUCAAGUGGACUUCCUGAAACCCACCUGGGUGUCGGGAGUCGUGACCCAAGGCAGUGAACGGGCACGUGGCUCUCUUACCAAAUACCGCCUGUCCUACAGUCUGGGAGGGGCAACGUUCACAGACUAUACUGAGAGCACAGAGGGGAAAGGCAAGGCUAAGGUGUUUGAAGCUCGUGCUGAUAGCAGUGCCCCAGUGACCCAGAUGCUAGGCCAGGUGAUCCAAGCACGUUAUCUGCGGAUCAUCCCAGUGGCAUUUACGCACACUUUCUACCUACGUGUUGAGAUACUGGGCUGCACUGAUGAUGAGACCCCACUUCCUGGCAGUGUGACAGCACCACGACGACGCUGUGGGCCAGGGCAGUUCGAGUGUAGCAGUGGGGAAUGUGUUAGUGCCCAGACUGCACUGUGUGAUGGCCGACAGGACUGUGCUGACCACACAGAUGAGCUCGGCUGUGGCACUGUGUACCCCCUGUCCACGCAGUCUGCCAUACUGCUCACCACAGCCCCCCGAGAAAGAAAUGAAGCCAAGGCAGGGGGGCACACUGUGACUCUCAUCCUCCCACCACCCACACAGGGAGACUCAAAGCCCCACCCAUCAGGGCCUGCACAUCCUUUCCCCAGCUCUACAACUCCUGGACCAGGGAUGCUCCCAGGGGUCAAAGAGCACACUGGCCCUACAGGGACCCCAGGGGUCCUGAUAUCAGGCUCUCCUAGCUCUCCUGCCUCUCAUGGAGGUGGACCAGGUCUUCACACAGGGGGCCCCCAGGAUGGGCAGCCUGGCCUGGCCACUCCCAGCUCCCUCACUACAGGUGCCCAAAGUCUAGGACCGCAACAGCCGGUAGCCACAGGAGAGCCAGGAGUUCACCAUAUAACCACCUCCAGGAGUGGGGGACACAUACCAAGUCUUUCACCCCCGCCUCACCCUACCCCUUCUAAGGACAUGUACAAUGAACUGGGAACCCUCUUAACUGCCGCCCCUGGAGUGCGCCCCAUGACCUCCCUUCCCAGCCACCCUGGUCUGCCUCCCCUUCCUCGACUGGCAGGAACCACCCCAACCCCUCUAACUAUUGAGAUCACAGGCUCUAGUUCGGUGACACCUACUACUCAGGAAAGUGACCAUGGACAUCCUAAGAUCCUGUGCGUGGAAGGCCAGUUUGCUUGCCAUGUGUUUGGCUGUGUAGAUGCCAUGUUUGUGUGUGAUGGACAGACAGACUGCCCCGAUGGAUCAGAUGAACAACAGUGCGGCUUUACAUCCAGACCACCGAUCCCCACUGUGCCUGUUGGCCCAGAGAUCCGCCCAACCCCAGUGCCUCACCCCUGCUCUGCCAAGCAAUUCCUGUGUGGCACAGGAGAGUGUGUCCACCUGGACAGGAGAUGUGACCUGCAGAAUGACUGUCAGGAUGGCUCGGAUGAGAAAGACUGUGUGGACUGUGUGUUGUCUCAAUGGACACAGUGGAGUCAAUGUAGUGUAUCUUGUGGCUUGGGCUCCCUGUUCCGCCAGCGGGAAGUCCUGAGGGAGGCCCUGCCAGAAGGAGAGUGUGGGGGAACAGUGUUUGACAGCCGGGCCUGCUUCACACGGGCUUGUGCAGUGCAUGGCCAGUGGUCGGAGUGGACCCAGUGGUCUAACUGUGAUGCCCAGUGCAGUGGAGGAGUGCGGGUCAGAAACAGGAGUUGCUCGAACCCUCCUCCUAAAAACUCUGGGCGGGAAUGUGAAGGAGGGACCGUGCAGACACAGAGUUGUAACACCCACCCCUGCAGUACCCCCUCAGGAGGAGAAACAGGCUGCAGUGCAGGAAUGGUGUUGGUAAAAGAAGCAGAUUGUCUUGCAGGCACAGUAGACCCCUGUCCUCUCACCUGCUCUGAUCUCAGCACUCAAAGCAACUGUAGUUCCAAAUGUAUCACAGGCUGCCGGUGCCCUCCUGGCUUGUACUUGCAGGGGGGGCACUGUGUCAAUGCCAGUCAAUGCUUGUGUCUCUGGGAUGGCCAGCUCCUGCAGCCCGGAGAACAGAUCAGGAAGGGGAAUUGCAGUCAAUGCACAUGCCAGGAAGGACACGUUUCUUGCAAUGAUUCCCAGUGUGAGAUGAGAUGUGAUUGGACAGUUUGGUCAUCUUGGGCACCAUGUGACAGUAGCUGUGGUUUGGGACUGCAACAGCGGUACAGGACUCCAGUGAUCCCAGUUAGUGUGAAAGUUGUCCCACCCUGCCCAGGAGACUCCACUGAAGUGCGUGAAUGUCAUACACCCUGUGAGACAGGUCCUGAGCCACCGGGGUCACAGUGGAGUGAGUGGACAUCCUGGUCUGUGUGCAGCAAGACCUGUUUCCUUCACGUGGACGAUGUGGGGCGGAGGAAGAGGUUUAGGAGCUGCAACGGCACAGCAACCAAUUCAACAGACAUCACAGCGGAUGACACAUGCCCUGGGGAGGCUCAGCACGUGCAGCCCUGCAACACUGUACCCUGCCCAGUAUCUGGUGGCUGGUCGCCUUGGUCCCCCUGGUCCCUGUGCUCAUCCGAAUGUGACUCUGGAGUGCAGACACGCCAGCGUUCCUGCAGUGUCCCCUACCCACGGUAUGGGGGCCUCCAUUGCCCUGGCCCUCACAUCCAGACGCGCGAGUGCAACACUCACCCCUGCCGAGGAGCAUGUCCGGAGGGGAUGGCCUAUCAGACUGCUGGGGAGUGUCAUGCGCAGGGAGGUGCAUGUCCACGGAUUUGUCUGGACCUCACCCCCACAGUGGAGUGUGCCACUGCCUGUUACGAUGGUUGCUAUUGUUCCCCUGGCCUCUACCUGCUCAACGACUCCUGUGUGCCAUUAAGUCUCUGCCCCUGUUACCACAAGGGGGCACUGUACUCUCCAGGCACCACCGUCCUUUGGGACUCCUGCAACAAUUGCACAUGUUUUGAUGGUGAGAUGUCGUGUGGGACAGAACCGUGCCCUGUGGACUGUGGCUGGAGCAGCUGGACACAGUGGAGCACAUGUAGUAGGACCUGUGAUGUGGGUAUGAGGAGGAGGUACCGCUCAGGAACCAAUCCAGCACCUGUAUUUGGGGGGCGUGCCUGUGAUGGCAGCAUGGUUGAAAUGGACUCCUGCAGCCUGGGACCUUGCCAGGGUGUCUGGGGUGUGUGGAGUCCCUGGUCAGAGUGCUCAGUACUUUGUGGGGGAGGCUAUAGGAAUCGAACCCGAGAUAGCCCCAAGGGUCAGAGCAUGGAAUUCGCCAGCUGUAACCUGCAGCCCUGUGGUAAUAUGUCAAGUUGCCCUGCAGAACAGGAAUGGAGAGAAUGUGCCAGGGGACCAGUAACCUGCUCUGACCUCAGAGUAGAAUUUAACAACAGGAGCUGUGAACCUGGCUGCUACUGUGCACAGGGUCAGCUGCUGCAGGAUGGACAGUGUGUUCCUGUGUCUCAGUGUCGCUGUGUGGUGGAUGGGAAGCAGUAUUUACCAGGAGAUACUGUGACAAGGGACUGUAACAAUUGUUCCUGUGAGUCUGGGCAGCUAGUGAACUGCACUGAGUUCAGCUGUGAUGUCGAUGGCCAGUGGUCAGUGUGGACUCCUUGGAGUGGUUGCUCUGUGUCAUGUGGGCCAGGACUACAGACCCGGUACCGGUUCUGCUCCAGCCCAGCAAGAUCAGGGAGUGGACUUCCCUGUCUUGGACCAGAUCGACAGGAUCAGAUCUGCCUGCUAACAGCUUGUGACCGCAAUGGAGGCUGGGGUAUGUGGAGUAACUGGACAGAAUGUUCCAAAUCAUGUGGUGGGGGUGUGAGGAGCCGCAGGCGGGAGUGCGACAGCCCAUCACCAGAGGGGGAUGGAGAUUACUGUGAGGGGCUGCGCACAGAGGUCAGCUCCUGCAAUACUGAGCACUGCCCAGUGCCACCUUGUUCAGAAGUGCCUAGCACAGUCUUCAGCAGCUGUGGCCCCUCAUGCCCUCGCUCCUGCGAUGACCUGGCGCACUGUGAGUGGAGCUGUGAGCCAGGGUGUUACUGUACUGGGGGAAAGGUACUGAGUGACAAUGGAACAUCUUGCGUGGACAGAGAGGCCUGUCCUUGCCUAGACGUGCUCACUGGUCAGAGGCUGGCCCCUGGUGAGAGUAUCCCAGCCCCAGAUGGCUGUAACACCUGUACCUGUGAAAGAGGAAGGCUAACCUGUACGAACAGGCCUUGCCCUGUGUCUGGGGGGUGGUGCAAGUGGUCAAGUUGGACACCCUGCUCUCGGACAUGUGGGGCAGAGUGGGUGACACGGUACCGGAGCUGUACGUGCCCUGAGCCAAGUGGAGGUGGUGCAGCAUGCCCAGGGGAACAGGAAAAACACUCCGGCCUGGGAGUCCAGAUACAGAGACAGCCCUGCCCCUCUCUGACCUUCUGCCCAGUCCAUGGGUCAUGGGGCUCUUGGGGCCCAUGGUCAGAGUGUGCUGUCUGCGAAGGGACAUCUGUUCGUGUUCGAGAGUGUAAUAGCCCUCCUGCCCGAUUUGGGGGUCUACCCUGCCAUGGGGUGGCCCGUGAGAGCCGCAGCUGUCGUGACAACAGCACGAUCUGUGAAGAUUGUGGCGGGGGACAGGUGCAGCUGGCCUGUGGGAAGCCGUGCCCACAGUCCUGCUCUGAUCUCCAUGGUGACACAGAGUGUGUGGACUCUCCAGGGUGCCAGCCCUCCUGCGGCUGCCCGGGCCAGCAGGUCCUGCAGGAUGGGCAGUGUGUGGAUCCAGGACAGUGCCGGUGCAAGUAUCUCAACAGCACCACAGGAGUGCUGGAGUCUGGGAAUGGAUCCCGGGUUUGGCCGGGAAACCCAAUGUGGCAGUACACAGAGCCAGGAGAGACCAUCAUCAGUACCUGCCACAACUGCACCUGUGAGGAUGGUGUCCUGCAGUGUCAGUCAGUCCCUGGAUGCCAAGUGGACGGGGGGUGGAGCCAGUGGGGGGCAUGGUCAGAAUGUUCAGCUCCCUGUGGGGGCGGGGCUCAGUUCAGGCUGAGGCAGUGUGAUAACCCUUCCCCUCAAGGUGGGGGGAGGGGUUGUUCGGGAGGGGCGGAGCAGCAGCGAGAAUGUAACAGCCAGCCCUGUGGAGACUUGGGCCCCUGGGGCGAGUGGUCACCCUGGUCUCAGUGCUCAGUGACCUGUGGAGGAGGGGAGCAGAUUCGGACCCGCAACUGUCGCCUUCCACCCUGUUCAGGUCCCAGACAAGAAAGCAAGACCUGCAACACUCAGGUGUGCCUUGAGGUGGGGUGUCCGCCUGGCCGUCUGUAUCGGGAGUGUGAGAGAGGAGAAGGGUGCCCAUUCAGCUGUGAUCAUGUCACCGGACGGGUUGGCUGUGUGUCAGAGGGCUGUGAAGAGGGCUGCCACUGUCCUCCAGGCACCUUCUACCACCAAGGCACCUGUGUGAUAGAGUGCCCCUGCGUAGUGGAGGAGGAGACCCUUUUAGCCUUGCAGAAUGUGUCGAAGAGCCCAGCUGAGGCCGCUGUGCCACUGGGUUCUGGCGGGCUUCGCCUGCACCAGGGGGAUGAGCUGCAGCCCGGAGACACACUCACAUAUGACUGCAGCUCCUGUGUAUGCCAGCAUGGGCAGUGGAAUUGCUCCUUGUCUCCUUGCCCGCAGGAUGGGGGUCUGUCUCCCUGGGGUCCCUGGGGGUCAUGUUCUCUGUCCUGUGGAGGUUUAGGGCAGAAGACUCGAACCCGGAGCUGCACCAACCCAGUCCCUGCAAAUGGCGGACAAGAUUGUGAGGGACCACGUCAUGAGAUCACAUUUUGCCAGACCCCUGACUGCCCAGUUGUCACUGUUCCUACAGAGGAACCUUCUGGCCCAGAGCCCAGUGAUGGAUUUGGUCCCUGGAGUAUUUGGAGUCCAUGCUCGCGGUCCUGCAGCGAUGCAGCGGCUCCAGCAGUGAAGUCCAGGUGGCGACAGUGUGAGAGAGAGUCCUGUGCUGGGGAGACACACCAGGAGAGAGCCUGCAACCUGCCCCAGUGCCCUGACGGUGUGCCGUGCCGCGGCGAGGAAUGUGCAGAGAGAAACUGCUCUUGGACAGCAUGGGCGGCAUGGAGCAUGUGCUCAAGGACAUGCGGUGUUGGGCAGCAGCAUCGGAUCAGAACCUACCUGGCACCUGGAGUCAAUGGAACGUGGUGUGAUGACAUCCUUGGUGGAAACAUUGAGACCCAGUUCUGUAACAUCAGAGCCUGCAGGGUGGAUGGUGGCUGGUCUCGUUGGAGCCCCUGGUCUCGUUGUGACAGGAUGUGUGGGGGUGGGCGGUCAAUUCGAACACGAUCGUGCACCAGCCCCCCCCCCAAGAAUGGGGGCAACAAAUGUGAAGGGGAGAAGAACCAGGUUAAGAACUGCAACACCAGACCCUGCGAUGACAGUGGCUGUCCCCCAGGUCAGCAGUAUAUGGAGUGUGCAAAUCGGUGUCCGCGGCUAUGUUCUGAUCUCCAGCAGGGAAUCAUAUGCCAGGACAAUGCAGAAUGUCAGCCAGGCUGUCGCUGCCCUCCAGGCUUACUGGAGCAGGAAGGAGUGUGUGUACAGUCCUGGCAGUGUGAGUGCACAGAUGCUCUGGGGCAGAGAUGGGCUCCAGGGAGCAGACAUCAAGAAGGCUGCAAUAACUGCAGCUGCGCAGAGGGCCGUCUGUCAUGCACCAACCACAGCUGCGCUGCAGCAGCCAGCUGUGUCUGGAGUGUCUGGUCCCCCUGGGCCCCCUGCAGCACCUCUUGUGGGCCAGGGCUGAGGACACGCUUCAGGUCGCAGACCUCAGAAUUAGCUGACUCAGACUGCCAAUCAGAAGAGUCCCAAAAUAAACCAUGUGAUCUGGGGCCCUGCCCUCCCCUGUGUGUCCGUGACAAUGAGGAGCUGUCAAUAGGAGACACGUGGUUGCAAGGAGAGUGUGAGCAGUGUACCUGUACCCCUGAGGGAGAUUACUGCCAGGAUAUUGAUUGUCAAGUGGAUGGAGGCUGGACGCCCUGGUCCGUGUGGUCAGACUGUCCAGUGACGUGCGGCCGGGGUACUCAGAUUCGCACACGUGCCUGUAUCAACCCCCCACCUCGCAACAAUGGCGCUAACUGCUUCGGGACAGAGAGAGAAGCCCAGGACUGUGGCUCACAACAUUGCCUUGAUGAGCUGUGUCCCUGGUCUCAGUGGUCCGAAUGCUCACGGAGCUGUGGCGCGGGGGUGUCAUCACGGCAACGGACCUGUCUGUGUGAGGCCGGGAAGGAAGGAGAUGUCAACUGUCCCCCCGAGACAGAGGGAGAGAGGAGGAAAGAGGAGACUCAGCUCUGCUAUGUUCAGCCUUGCCCAGACUGUCCUCUGUCUCAGUGGAGUGAGUGGACUCCUUGCUCCUGUGUCUCUCAGCGGCAGCAGAGGCAUCGUGUAUCUCUGCCUCCCACUUAUAAGGGGCAGCACUGCAGUGAACUGCAGACACAAAGCAGAGCUUGCCAGCCCGGAGACUGCCAGAAAUGUGAGGAGCCAUUCCAGUUCAGUGCUUGUGGCUCCCCCUGUGAGAAGCUGUGUGCACUGCAGGGACAGUCCAGGGAUUGUGCUGGGAAGGGCCAGUGUGUCCCAGGCUGUUAUUGCCCUCAGGGUCUGCUGGAGCAAAAUGGGACAUGUGUUCCCCCAGAGCAGUGUGGCUGUGUACAUCUCCUGUUCCCUGAGACCGGAAGGACUCCCAUCGCCAUCCGAGUCCAGGAAGGCACUCUGGUGAAAUCAGGCUGCAGGAACUGCAUGUGUCAGGAUGGAGCCAUGCAGUGUGACUCACAGCACUGUGAAGUGUCUCUCAGUGAGUGGUCAGAGUGGACACCCUGCUCCCCCUGCAGGCCCGUGGCAUCUCUGCACUUGGUCACAGCACCUCUGCUGGAAGACAGGCAGUUGGUCUCAAUACAGCGGCGAUAUCGGGCCUGCAUGGACCUAGAUACAGGGCUGCCUGUGCCAGAGGAGCCAGAGCAGUGUGGGGCAGACCUUGAGGAAGAGCAGGUCUGUGCAGACCCAGAUGCCUGCAGAGAUGUGUGCCAGUGGACUGACUGGAGUCCCUGGAGCACAUGUAGAGAGCCCUGCAGUGGGGGUUUCCGACAGCGGCAGCGGCACCCCCAGACCUCCGCCCCCAUGCCCCACUGUCAGCACCCACAGUUCCAGACACAGAGCUGCAACACAGCACUCUGCCCAGGGGAGCGGUGCGAGGACCGGGGGAAAGAGUUCAGGGCCUCCUGUGCCAAUCAGUGCCCAAGGAGCUGUGCGGACCUCUGGGAGCAUGUCCAGUGCCUACAGGGACCCUGCCACUCUGGGUGUCGGUGCGCAGAGGGGUGGCUGCUGCAGGACGGCUCAUGUGUCCCAGUGUCGCAGUGCCGCUGUGGGGUCCUCAGGGAGAACGGCACCCUGGAAAUACUGCCAGGAGAGAAUGUAACGAUGGACUGCAACAACUGCUCUUGUGUGAAUGGCACCCUGCUCUGCACAAACCUGAAAUGCCCAGAAUACAGUACCUGGAGUCCCUGGAGCUCCUGUUCAGCCAGCUGUGAAGAGGGGCAGAGGACCAGGACCCGCACUUGUCAGGAAGUGCCUGACAGCCUGCCCUGUGCUGAGACGUUCCAAACCGAACCCUGUCUGCUGCAAGCCUGUCCUGCGGGCUGUGUGCUGAGUGAGUGGUCCUCCUGGAGUGAGUGCAGUGCCACUUGUGGUGGAGGAGUGUCUCUACGCAACAAGACAGUCUUAAAGGAGCCAGACCCAGGAGGACAAGAGUGUCCAGCCCCAUUGGAGCAGCACACAGCCUGUAACACAGACAGCUGUGAAGCAGAGUGUCCUGAUGGUCAAGUGUUCAGCAGCUGUGCCACCUCCUGCCCCCACACUUGCACUGACCUGUGGCCUGAGACGCAGUGCCUACUGGGGGUUUGCCAGCCAGGCUGCUCCUGCUCAUCAGGGAAGGUCCUGCAUGAAGGCUCCUGUGUCCCUCCUGAGAUGUGUCCCUGCUCUCUGUUGUCCCUCUUGCCCUCCUGGACCCUCAAUCUGACCCUGGAGCAGCGGCAGGAGGAGCAUCCAGCAGGGACUGUUCUGCAGCACCACUGUAAUAGCUGUGUGUGCCAGAGAGGCAUCUUCAACUGCAGCCAGAACUCCUGUGAUGUGGACUGUGAGUGGGACAGCUGGUCAGCAUGGAGCCCAUGCUCAGUGAGUUGCGGCUCUGGUGAGCAGUGGUCUAGUCGUGUUCCAACACGGUCCCGGCAGCACGGGGGGGCAGAGUGUGAGGGGCCGGCAGAGCGCAGAAGAUUAUGCCAGGAACGCGACUGUGAUUGCCCGGUGGGAGAGAGAUGGAAGAGGGCAUCUGAGCAGGUUGCAGUGUGUGAGAGGAGCUGCCAGGACAUGUACCUGCCUGGCCCAGUGAACUGCAGCGCCCCUGGUGAAUGGGAGGGCUGUGUGUGCGACCCAGGGCGUUAUCGCAGUGCUAAAGGAGACUGCGUUUUGGCAGCACACUGCGAAUGUGAGGAUGGAGAAACACCACGCCAGGCAGGAUCUCAGUGGUCAGAGGGCUGUGCAACAUGUCGCUGUGUCAAUGGACUGAAGGUGUGCGAGACUGGUUGCCCUCUAGUGGAGUGUGUGGAGGGGGAGGUGAAGGUGGAAGACCCUGGUAGCUGCUGUCCCGUGUGCAGGAAAGAGUUUCCAGAAGAGCCCAUAGCAGUCUGCCGGCGCUACACAGAGGUUAGGAACAUCACCAAGGGAGACUGUCGCCUUGACAACGUCAAAGUCAGCUACUGUCGUGGACGCUGUCUGUCCAUGACCAACGUCAUAGCAGAGGAGCCCUAUCUGCAGGCUGUGUGUGAGUGCUGUAGUUACCGACUGGACCCCCAGAGCCCAGUGCGUAUCCUAAGCCUGCAGUGUGAGAGCGGGGAGACAGAGCCAGUUGUGUUGCCUGUCAUCCAUAGUUGUGAGUGCACCAGCUGCCAGGGGGGAGACUUGUCAAAACGUUGAACAUGCCCUGAAGAAAAGGUCACAACACAGACUUGGACAGACAAACUGUGUGUGUCAGAGCUCCUGUGCAAACCUGCGCUGUAGUCUGUAGUCAUUAUAUGACUGUAUCCCUUUUAUAGAGUGUGUUAUUAAACUCUCUGUGAUGUUUAUUCUGUACAGCAUUUUUUUCCAAUAAAUAUUGAGCAAGCUGUGGCUUCUAGGAUUGCA